CGCCGCUCCACAACUCGUCGGGAUUCAUGGCUACUCGUCGGAUUCACGGUUCUUUCAAGUCUCUGAUCUCACAUUGCUCGAAGCCGCCGCGAACCCUGGUGUCUCAACUACACCGCCUUCGUCCAGUCAUAACCGUCACCACAACUAUUCCUCAGUUUCGCUACGGCGGCUGCUGCGCGAGGUUUCUCCACCCGCCACCGCAACAACAACAAACAACAACAAUGCGUACGAUCAAAACCGUCCACCGAAAGAGACGAUUCUGCUGGACGGAUGCGAUUUCGAGCACUGGCUGGCUGGUGGUGGUGGAGAAGCCGGAUGAAAAUUGGACCCGGGAUCAAAUCAUGGAUAGCUAUAUAAAACUUGUGGCUCAAAUCGUGGGGAGCGAAGAAGAGGCAAGGAUGAAAAUGUAUUCGGUUUCCACAAGGCAUUCGGAGCCCCUGGUAUCCGAAGAGCUUUCCUUCAAGAUCAAACAACUCCCUGGAGUGGGUUGGGUUCUCCCUGAUUCUUACUUGGCUGUCAGAAACAAGGAUCACGGCGGCGAGCCUUUCAUCCACGGUCAGGCUGCUCCGUACGAUCCGAAGUAUCAUGAAGAGUGGAUCAGAAAUAAUACUCCCGGGUCCAAUCACCAUAAAAGGAAGACCGGACCUCCACGAGGUAAUGGAAACAACUUUUCAUAAUAUGAAUUAUUUUUAUACCAAGGAGGAUGGAUUAUGGGUUAUUAACUACCCGACAGUGGAUCUAAGUUUGAAAAACGAGCUUCUCUCCAUUUGAGCUAAAAGAAA